AUGGAAGCUCUCAGUAACAGCGAUCAAGUCGAAUAUCUCUUUCAUCACUUAUUCCUGCCCCCGAAGCUACCAGGCGGUGAUGACAUGACUGCCUUGAAUAGCAUCUUUCUAACCAAUUUUGUCCUGCAAUCUCUGCAACAUUUUACCGACGAAUUGGGUGGAGAAGAUACGGCUCCCGUCCAGUCUGCCAUUUCUAUGUUACAAACCAUGCGAGACACGACGGAUUCGAGAGGAUUUCUGGAAAGAAUUGGCGUUCAGAAAGUCCUCGCAGCCCUUUCUUUACAUGACUCUGUCGCCCUCUUCCAUGUCGCCGCACAAAACGCAGGCCUGCUUAUUCGCAGACUGGAGACUUCGUUCUAUUUCGAGACUUUUGAGCUGUCUCCUACCAAUGCAGCCGCCAUUACCACCAAAGGGCGCCUAGUUCGUCAGUUUCCCGACACCGCAACCGAGAUACCCGAUAAAGACUUCCAGAGUGAGCAUUUCCAGGAAGUCUUGGCCAACACCCUUGUUAAGAUGUCUCAUCAGAGGGUCGCUGAAGCUCAGCCAAUGGCUCGGAAGGCUCGGAAAGACCACCACGAGGAUCGAGAGACCACAGAUCCACGAAUUGUGAAUGAGCUAUUGGUGAGCUUCCUCAGAGGCGUUGGAAAACAAGUGGAAGUGGAAGGCAUCCGCAAGCACACACGUGAGGAAACCAGUUACAAUAGUAGCAAGCUUCCGUGGAGAAGAUCCCCAGUCUGGCUACUUAUCCGUGUGGGCCUGCACCUCACCAUGAGCCGCCUUUCGGGUGGUUCACAUGAUACUUACAAGCGAUUUAUGAGCUACCUGAUGGCGCAGGCUCUCCUCAAAGCAAACCAAGCCCAGGUCUCGAGCGAGAUGCUUCACAUCAUGAUGACCAAGAUCCCACAUCGCCUCUGCAAGCAUGAAGGACUUCGCGACGAUAAGUGGCUUUCGACUGUCCAUGGUAUUAUAUCAAAAGCUUCUAAGACUCUGAACGAGAGAUGGGACCGAAUCCGCAAUCAUUCGGAGGAGCAGAUGGAUAUCGCAUUCUUGGCUUCGACCGAGAUAAGGGACCAUCUUUUCUUUUCUCUUCCAAAGAUUGACGAUUUCAUUACAACCAUCUCUCACCGUGAGAAUAAAAAUGACACCACAACAUUCCGUCCAGUACCCCACGUCUCAUCUUUCAAUGCCGACAGCCUUCCACUGGUUCGCACACCACGUGACAGUUCGUAUGUCCCGUUUAGCCUUGCAAUGAUAGAGUCGUGGGUUCAACAAAACCUCGAUCAGUGGAUCAAAAAGCAUCUUCAUGAGGAAACGGCGUGCGCCUCACUCAAAACGCUCCUUAAAAGCUACCAUUCGACUGCAAGAGCUUUUUACUCAAGCCGCCCAGAAGGAGCAUCACGGAUGCUUCUAACAGUCGGUGAGAUUUGGGUAGCUGCCGACAAAGCGACAUUGUAUAAUUACCCUAUGCUCAAGGAAUACGACGCCGAAGUACCCACCAAGAUUUGGCAAGCACUUUUAUUCCAGUCGCAGGCAGAUAUGGCAAGGCUUCAGCGUCUUGAGCAAUAUCUUAAGGGUCGCAAGUGGACACCAAGCAGGCCAUCUGUGUUUCGCUCUUUUGGCGACAGCAUGUCUUUUCCUGUACGAUACUUCCAAUCGUCAUCAACGCUCCAGGAUAAGAAAAUCGCCAUUGAGAAGAAGGCUGAAUUGGAUAAACAAGCCAAGAUCAGAGAGUUCUAUCAACUUAAAGACAGGUAUGACGACUUGACACGACAGUAUAACGCCACCACAUGCGGACAAAUUAAUAAAACUUCACUGGGCGUCAGUUAUCCUGAGCAUGAUCCCUACUGCCAUCGUUGUUCUUUAAUGAAUCAAGCGAACGGCUUGAAAAUUAUGGUCCAUGAGUGGCCAUUACCUACCGAUAAUCUCGAAGCGCAAGCUACGGUCUUUGAACUCGAUAUCCCUCACCAAUUUGCACAGUGGCGAGAUGUCACAUUUUAUUUCAUCCAUGAUGUGCUUGCUUUCAAGUCACUUGGGGAGCACCCUAGUUCAUCCUAUUCUUUGGACUCGUACGACGGCCUCUAUCCCUGGUACUCCUCUGAACCGAGCCGGGUCCAUCUUCUAUCAGAGUCUAAGCCCCAUGUUCAAACUCACCGACGUCAAAAGUCCAUCGCGAUCAGUGAUGUGGCAGAUGUGUAUCUAGAAAAUGGUCUCAUCUAUCAUUAUCACGACCGUGAGAGUAGUACCUUUACUUCUUCAUUUACCCAGUCAAUGGCCGUUUCGGAGUUGUGUACGUUCAAACUUCCCGAGCGCGCUCAAGCCUUGUACCCUUUCCUAGUUCGCACCUGGCUCCGACCUGAUGGAGAGACUCCCAAUCAGGUGAUAGCCAGUCAGUACAAAUGCCCCAAACACAUGACCCUGGGGGAGUUCAAAGCCUUAGCUAUCUUGCCGUACGGAUACCGUCUGCAGUGGAUGAGCAUAUUGACGCAACUCGCUAUGCCAACGAUCGACUUCAAUCAAGACGAAACGGCAAUCUUCUUGCUUCAGAUAAGCCUACAAGCUGGGCCAAACUCGAUGUUGGAGAUCACCCGAGAAACUCACACUCGCCUCACUAACAUGGAGUUUGGUCGUCAACUGUUAAAGGGUCUCUUGCAGGCAGUCUCAAGGAUCGAAAAGAAUUGGGAGUCCCACACAGCUUUGUGUUCUUUUACACUUCUAGCGAUUCGGUUACUUUCUGUGACUAGCCCACAACUGUCGCAAGGUAUCUUGAGGCUUCUAUCAGAGUGUCGCAGAAUUUCACAUCAUUGGAUGUUGAUUUUGAUCAGGAAAGUCCAGGACACAGCCGACAACAUGCAACGAAAGGAGUUUUCGGAGUCGGCCCUUGACGUUGCCAUGCUAUGUGUACAAACGUUUAACGUUGAUGAAAGGCACUUGGAGGAGAUCCUUGGAGACUCAAAACAAGCAUCUCUUCUUGUUGAAUCCUCCAUUGUCAUUAACAAUACAACUCUUGCCAACAACAAGGCUCAAGGGUUAUUCCAACGAAUCAUGGACGAUAGAACUCAUUACACCCUACACCGCACUCGUUCAAUCCUUGUCGAUGAAGUCAUAUCUCGCGGCAAUACAUGCCUUGAUCUGGCUAUCAAGCGAAGUUGGUCAGACUUCUCUCGGACAACAGACUGGUCCCUAGCCUCCUCGACAUGCUAUUGGCUUGAAACAAACUCUGGCCAAAGGCAAGUGCACUUUAACGUCCUGACAGGCGAGCUUUUGGUCAAUGGUGACCCAUUAUCACGUCUCCCGCGCGACUAUACUAUACACGAAGACCAUGGCAGACUUUUCGGAUCCAUGAUAAUGGAUGUCAUGCCGAGUGAUGUAUCAGGCAUGCGUUUCAGCGCGACCAGAGAGUUUCUAGGCUACACUGUUCACUUUGGCAUGCAAGGUCAAGACCUUCUAGUUCAAUUGGAAAAACCCGGAUCGACGCUAAAUCUUGUUCCGUCCAGAUUGCUGAAGGGGACGGUCCCGCAUCAGUUAGCUGACAACUUUGCUCAUUGGUACCAAUGCGAGACCAAAAGCAUAGAAUUCUACAAACUUCACAAUCACUGGGCUUCGGAUGAUCAGAGAAACUGGCGUUUUACACAAGACCAUGGUAGUUGGAAACUUAGCCUCCAUGAUGAUGCUUUUCUCGUUGCCCCCUCAAGUGAGUUGGCCAAGCGCAUCGCAGUGAUCCUUGAUCCGCUUGAAGAACCACUGGGGCUUCAUCUGAUUUAUGACACUGUCAAAAAGAUCACCGAGAUCCGAAUUCCAAAUCUACGACUGGAAUUUCUUCUCAAAUCGGGAGAGUCUUCCAUGGAAUCCCGACAGUUCCGCGACAUGCACAUCGAUCCGGAUCAGUCUACAGGGACACUUGUGGGAUUCAAAAGCAAACUCGUGUUGUCCAGCAGCAGGGAUCCACCUAUUAGAACGGUCCUUAUUCCUGAAGGCGACGUCCAAUAUGAGAUGAAGACAUUUAACCAUCUUGAUAAGCACACGAUGGUCAGGGUGGUACAUGGUAGCGCGCGUCGUGUACAGCCCUACAAGCUCGACGAUCUCCUGGGUCGACUUGUAGGUAGUACCAGAACUGAGAGCAAACUGUACCUGGCAUAUCUCCACGGACUAACGUCAUUUUGCCUUCCGGAUCCUUUCAUUAGACGAACAGGAACCGAAGAAGCUCUGGACAUCUUGGGAUCUGCGGUAAUUCGCGUACCUAGCAUCUUGACUGAAACUUCAUACAACAUCCUGGACUGCAUCGCCAAGCUAUCACCAACACGUUCUUUCUACCCAAGGAACGAGAAAUUGAUGCAGGUCGUCGAGUGGUCUUCUAGACUGAGUUACAUGUCCCAGAGCGAUCGCUUCUAUAAAGUCGUAUUGGAUAUACUCGCGAGAUCUCGUGAAAUCUGUUUUCUUUACCCCAAACACGAAGUACCAGACUCGCCAUCUCACUCCUCCCUUCAUCUAGUUGAACGAGCAAUCAACAGGGCUUCUAGGGUACAUGUUUCUGGAUUUGGCUCCGAAGAGUUCACGGCUCAGCAUGAUGUCACAUAUAUCCCAAGGGCCCGAGGGAACAUGUCAGCCCGAGCAAUCCGCGCUCAAGGGAUCGCUUUCCGAGUCUACCAUGCCCAAUGUUACGUCAUCAAGAGAAUCGAGCCUUCUUUUGCCGAAUCUUUGUAUCGACUUCUCUCCGAGGGCAGUGUUGUGAAUACAAGCCAAGUACCACACAAGAGCAUGAUGCAGUACGAUUCAAGGUGGCUUCGAGAAACCCGGAAUUUCCUCUCAUCUGACUGGUGUCAGAUUCAUUAUGCUUUCCGGAAAGAAAAAGACUGGCUAAACAAGUUCGAGUUAAUGAUCUGGAUAGCCACCUUGUCUUAUUCCAAACAUCAUGAUCCCCAAAUCACCCAGGUACUUUUGAUGAUGGCACUGUCCGCUUCAGUCUCAGCUGUACCAUUGCCCACCAAGCCCUCGUACGAUCUAUCCCAAGGAUAUGCAAUCGUUCUGGGACAGGUUAAUGGACUAGCAGAAAGUGCGGCACGUUCUAUUGACUCAUGCCCGGAAGGCUCCCUUCCACGCUUACGAGACGAAACUCCCAAAAAAUUACUGAAAAGACGCAAUCGGCAGUUUACAGAAAGUAGAAAUCGCGCUGUUAGGUCUUUCAGCGACCAAUUAUGCAAUCAAUGGCCUUGCGCAGUCCCAAAUAUGCCGCAGGGGAGAGAGGUCGAUUCCUACCUCAAAUGCGAAAAAGCCAUGGAAGAAUUGUACCCCAAAUGGUCAUCAUGGUAUAAUAAUCUGAGUUUCAAGCAAUACCUCCAAGAAAUCUCUGCUCGUCUAAUGGAGGUGCCCAUGCAGGGUCUCAAGCUCCACCCUCAACCUGAGAGGGUGACGGCGGUUUCACAACGCCGAUUGUUGGGAUUUAUAUCCAUUGAGGAUUUAUUUUCUAGGCCAAAUGCACGGUACACUUUCUGUCCCAUACCGACACUGAAUGUUCCACUUCAAGUGGUGAAUAUGAACCCGGGGACCAUAAGCAGGUUGACCGGCAUCAUUAAUAACCUCGACAUUCAAGCAAAAUUACCGUACGAACACCGAUAUCUGGACGAGCUACGCCAGAGUCUCUCAAGUUUGAACGAACAGGUCGGCAACGAGCUUGAAAUCAACAAUCCUACAAGAGUCGAUCAUUUGCUUCAGGAGCACCUGAAGCAUUGCGAGAAUCAUAGGACAACGGUCUAUCAGAACUUAUUGCAAAACAUUCUUGGGGUCGGCUUGGCGCGAGAGGAUGGGACUCUCAUGCCGCCAUUGAUGCAGCAUAUACUUACAGAUUCUGGUUGCUUGCCAAGGAUAACGCCACUCCUGAUGCUGCAGCAACUUCGACCGUCGCGCUUUUCUUGCUUGCUUGAGACGUGGAAGAUGGCUAUCGUAGAGUAUGCGACGGCCGUCACCGCUGUUCAGCGGGCCAGACGACUCAUGCGUUUCCAAAGCAGCCCUGUAGACCUUCUUCGCGAGAUUCAGAACUCCGGGCAUGAGACCUGGAAAGGCGAGGAUCGCCCUGAAUGGUUGUUGUUGGAAUGCGAGAGCGAGAUCAUGAUCCGAAACGUGCAAGAGCAGGUCGCUCGGAAGAUGAUUAGCACCCCCGAGGACAAAAACGCUGUCAUGCAGCUGAAUAUGGGUGAGGGUAAAUCUACCGUUAUCGUUCCAAUGGUAGCCACUACCCUUGCAAAUGGCUCCAUGAUGGUUCGUGUCAUUGUUGCCAAGCCGCAAGCAAAACAGAUGUAUCAGAUGCUUGUGUCGAAACUCGCCGGCCUGCUCGACCGCCCAGUCUAUCUCCUACCAUUCUCCAGAGAUAUCCAAAUGAGCGUCCAGAGAGCAGACUCGAUUCAUCAAUUAGUCACAAGAUGCAUGAACGAAGGUGGUGUUCUAAUGGUUCAGCCGGAACAUUUACUGUCUUUGCAGCUGAUGGAGCUAGAAUGCCAACUCAGCAGUCGCCAAGAAGCUGCGGAGCGACUGAGGGCAGUCAGAGGACUUUUUGACAAUGCAUCUCGUGAUAUAGUCGAUGAAAGCGACGAGAACUUCAGCGUCAAAUUCGAGCUCAUCUACACGCUAGGCCAGCAGUGCUCAAUUGAAGAUAGCCCCAGUAGAUGGGUAGUCACUCAAGAAGUGCUAGGGCUAGUCGCCCAAUUCGCUGGUAAAGUCAAAUCUCAGUUUUCGACAUCACUUGAGUUUGAUGGCCGGAAAAAUGGGCAGUAUCCCACAAUACGCUUUCUACAAGCUGAUUCUGGGGAAGUGAUUCUCAAUCAUGUUGCUUCUCAGAUUUGCGAGACUGGGAUGAAUGGAUUUCCGAUUAGCCACCAGCCCGAGAAAUUCAAGAAGGCUGUGCAUCGUUAUGUCACUCAUUGGGAGCUCAAACAAGGAGAUGUUGAGUUAGUUGAGCGAAGCCCGUUUUUUGACGGGGUAACAGUUGGUCGCAUCUUACUUUUACGAGGUUUGUUUGCCGGCGGUAUCCUCGCUUUUGCUUUGGGCCAAAAGAGAUGGAGAGUCAACUAUGGAAUCGACCCGUAUCGCCAGACUGGGACUAAGCUAGCUGUUCCUUUUCGCGCCAAAGAUAGUCCAACACCACGAUCAGAGUUCAGCCACCCCGACGUCGUGAUUACCCUUACGUGUCUGAGCUACUACUAUGGCGGCUUAGACGAAGAAGCCCUAUUCUUUGCUUUUCGCCUACUUACCAAGUCAGAUAAUGCCAGAACAGAAUAUCACGAGUGGACCAGAACCGCUCCGACCCUACCACCACCAUUCAAAACCCUAGAAGGCGUCAAUUUGCGAGAUCGGGCCCAGUUCAGAGACGAGAUAUAUCCACACCUUCGCUACUCUAAGUUGGCGAUUGAUUACUACCUGAGUCAGCUGGUUUUCAGUAGAGAGGCAAAGGAGUUUCCUCAUAAAUUGUCAGCCUCGGGCUGGGAUCUAGCCAAGAUUAAAGACAAUCCUACGACUGGGUUCAGCGGAACCAAUGAUUCAAGAUAUGUUCUCCCUACGGAUAUCAAGCAACUAGACCUUCCGGAACAGAAGCACACCAACGCUCUCGUGCUUGGCUAUUUGUUACAACCACAAAAUGGAGUCACUUUGGUGCCGCAGGAAGCUAAAGCUACCCCUUUCAACAGCCGGAUGCUUCUGGAUAUGGUAUCGGGAAUGAAUGCACAGACACGUGUAAUUCUGGACGUCGGCGCUCAGGUAAUUGACCUCACUAACCUACAGUUUGCAGAACAGUGGCUGGCACGUUAUCAGAAUGAUGACAACACCCAAGCAAUCAUCUACUUCAAUGAACAUGACGAAAUUGUUGUGCUCGACCGCUCUGGUAAGGUCGAAGAGCUCGAAACGUCGCCAUUUUUCGAACAGCUAGAUCGGUGCCUUGUUUUCCUUGAUGAAUCCCACACCAGAGGAACUGAUCUCAAGCUUCCCCCCACCUACCGCGCAGUAGUCACGCUGGGAACCGGUUUAACAAAGGAUCGAUUAGUUCAGGCAUGUAUGCGAAUGCGGAAACUCGGGAAAGGCCAAAGCGUAGAGUUCUGUGUACCGUGGGAGAUCGAGCAGAAGAUCGUCCAUUUGAAAACCCAGGAGAAAGUUGGCGGGCAUGAGGUCAUCGUAUCGGACGUUCUUAAUUGGGUCAUUACCGAAACGUGUCUCGAUCUGCGCAAGGCCAUUCCUCUAUGGCUCAACCAGGGUGUUCGAUUCGGUAGACAACAAGCUUUCUGGUCUCAAAGUGAAGGCAGUGUUGCUUCUGGAUGGGCCGAGCAGUUUCUUGAAGAUGAAGCUCAGACUUUGGACCAACGCUAUCGUCCAAGAAAGGACCGCACUAACUUGAAUUCGUUUUUGGAUGAAGCUAGUGCCUCGACAGUCAACGAGUUGCGAGCCCGCUGCGAUGACUUUGGAUUGACUGAGCUUCACACGGCAUCAUUACAGGAAGAGCAGGAGCGAGAACUUUCUCCCGAAACAGAGCAAGAGCGACAAGUUGAAAACCCACCUGCGGCAGAACCAGAAGCGCAUUCCAUUAGCCAAUCGCUAAGGAAUUGGAUACUGAAUGGCUAUUCUUCGAUGAAUAUCGCUUCGUUCAGGGUUGACCAUAAGCCAGCCUUCCAAAUUCUCAAGAACACAUCGGCAGCUCAGUAUCUCAGCGUUCAAAGCUUUCCCAGCAGCGUACGUGCCACAUCGGAUUUCGCCAAGACAGUCAAAGAGAGUUUCGGAACCAACAACCCCUCAGAUUCCUUUCAACGUCCGGUGCAAUGGAUCCUGACGGCCAAGUGUCAGACUGAGUCAAUUGGCCUCGUAAUUAUAAGCCCAUUCGAAGCUCAGGGGCUACUACCAUUGAUCGAAAAGUCUCGACAUGUGACUUUACAUCUGUAUGCUCCUAGGGUAAACCUCGCCUUCCAGUCACUCGAUCAUUUGCAACUCUAUCGAGUAUCAGGAGAGCUCACUGUGGAUUCAAUCCCGAGGAGUGCUAUCUUGUUUCUUAACCUUUUUUCCGGACAGCUCUACUUAUCAUCUUUUAAAGACUAUAGCAACGUUUGCGAUUCGCUUGGGCUGGCUUGGGGCACUGCAGAUGAUUCUGUUGUUCUCGGCCCAGAUGGUUUCAUUCCGCCAGGCUCUAGAGGAAGGCUGGUGAACAAGUCGAACUUUCCACAGAGCCCUGUACAAUUCCUGCGAGUUCUUGCAGAACAGAUCCGACAGGAUUGCGGAUCGAUCCUGAAGACAGAUAUCGGGAAGAUUUUCGAAGGUGUGCGUUUGUUGGAAUGUGAUUUUGGCGACAGGAGCUAG